AUGCUCACAUAUAUUUUUACACCGGCACGUUUUAAUAUAGUCGGCGUAACCGGCCUGGAGUCUCUUUUCGACGGUCUCGGUUCUCCGUUCGCUUUUCCACCAGACCUUUCCGGUCCGUUUGACCCCUCCAUUCAGUUUCCCGGUGCUACAGGUGGUCGUUUUGACUUCAAUCCUUUGCUGCUUAGAGAUUUGGUCGCGUCCGGAGCUGCGGACGGCACUUUGACUUUAGGUGAUGGGAGCUUUAUGACAGGCCUUCAAGAUGGCAUCGGCAAUGGUUUCCCAACAAACAAUCCUCAAGAAUUCCCAUCUGUACCUGAAGUACCGAGGAUACCGGCCGUUCCAGCUCAACAACAGCAACCAUCAGGCGGCAGUGCGGACAUGGGCGGCUUUGGAACAUCCGCUCAGGAUCGGGGCCAAAUACGUGGCCCCGCUGGACAGCCAUCGUCGUUUCCGGGUCGACCAGGCUUUCAGUUCCCCAUGAACCCAGCAUUCCCUGGCAACACCAUCUUCCCGUCUCAAGGGUCACAAGGUGCAACCAUGCGAGUACGUGGUCCCGGAUUCGGAACGUUCGGAGCGACGGAAGAACAAAACAUCAUUGCUUCUCAGGGCCUACCAAACGGUCAGCCAAUUCAGUUUCUGCCAAAUUUCCCAAACGGACCAAUGCCGCCUCCGGGCUUUCGCUUCGGAGGAAUGACGUCAUUUCCAUUUGGAGACCUGACGGGAUUCCCUCAACAAGGAUUCCCAUCUGGACCACAACAGCAACAACAACAACAACAACUUCAACAACAACAACAACAACAACAACAACAACAACAACUACAGUCACAACAACAACAACAGCAAGGCCAGUUCCAACGUCAAGACAUGAACCAGCAAUUCGACCAAAGUGAGUUAAGCUUUGGUCAAUUUACUCGCAAUUCUAUGUCGCCUUUCGAUGGAACGCCUUCUUUUGCACCCUCCAAUUUUGGUUCUGGUUCAAGAAGUCAAGACCAAGGUCAAGGUUUUCCAGCAGGAUUCGGUCCUGAGAUAAUGACACGUGAUCAACAAAGCCAACAAAAUGACUUUUCCUUGAAUUUCCAGCCAUUGUCGGAUAUUCCUUCAAUUCCAUCAUUACCUGUGCAAAACGAGAGGAUGGGAUCUUCACGAAACGUUAUGACUGGUCAGUCAGGAACAACUAAUAACUUUGAUGAUCGCAACUCGAACAACAGACAAGCCACACGCGGUCAAGUCAACGAACAAAACUCAAAUUCGGCGCGCGCCGCUUCUGGAAACGGUAAUGAGUUCACCCUUAUUGAGGUCAUCACCACAGGCAACAAUCAAGAAAUGCCAAGGAGGUCAGGCUCUUCAACCUCAACGGUUUCGAAGUCGUUUGAUAGAGUCCAAGGAUCCGGUUUGGAAACUGUCAUUGAUUCGAGGCAGAAGUGCGAAUUUACCAGGUAA